AUGUCUGCUAGCAUUACUUAUGAUGAAGAUAGAAAGACACAAUUAAUUGCCCAAUACGAAUCUGUAAAGGAAGUGGUGGAUAUAGAGGCAAAAAAAGUUUAUGUUAAUGGAGAUGCCUCCAAAGUUUUAGUAUUGGUCGUUUCGAAAUUGAAACCAGCUAGCGAUAUAAAGAUUCUUUAUGACCAUGGUGUGAGGGAGUUCGGAGAAAACUAUGUUCAAGAGUUGAUUGAAAAAGCAAAACUGUUACCUGAUGAUAUCAAAUGGCACUUUAUUGGCGGUUUGCAAACGAAUAAAUGUAAAGAUUUGGCUAAGGUGCCAAAUUUAUACUCCGUUGAAACGGUUGACUCCUUGAAAAAAGCGAAAAAAUUAAACGAAUCCAGGGCUAAAUUUCAACCAGAUUGUAACCCAAUAUUGUGUAAUGUUCAGAUUAAUACAUCACUUGAGGAUCAAAAAUCUGGCCUGAAUAACGAGGAAGAAAUAUUUGAAGUCAUCGAAUUUUUUUUAUCUAAUGAAUGCAAGUAUAUUAAGUUAAAUGGGUUAAUGACCAUUGGUUCGUGGAAUGUCUCACAUGAAGACAGUGAAGAAAACAGAGACUUUGCAACAUUGGUUGAGUGGAAGAAAAAGAUCGAUGCUAAAUUUGGAACAUCAUUGAAGUUAUCUAUGGGGAUGAGUGCUGACUUUAAGGAAGCUAUAAGGCAAGGAACAACCGAAGUCAGAAUUGGUACCGACAUUCUUGGUGAUCGGCCUCCAAAAAAUGAAGCAAGAAUCAUUUAA